AUCUGUCCUCACGAGGGAGUCCUUUCUCGCCUCCGCGCGGUGAUUGGGUGGAAGAUGGCGCUGGGCGAAUGGAAAUCCUAAUGACAGUUUCCAAAUUUGCCUCUUUUUGUACCAUGGGCGCCAAUGCCUCCGCCUUGGAAAAAGAGAUUGGCUCUGAACAAUUCCCUGUCAACGAGCACUACUUUGGUUUGGUUAACUUUGGGAACACCUGCUACUGCAACUCGGUGCUGCAGGCUCUGUACUUCUGCAGGCCAUUCCGGGAAAAGAUUCUGGCCUACCGCAGCCAGCCCAGACGCAAGGAAAACCUGCUCACCUGUCUGGCCGACCUGUUCCACAGCAUCGCCAAUCAGAAGAGGAAAGUGGGUGUCAUCCCCCCUAAGAAGUUCAUUACGCGACUACGCAAAGAGAACGAACUGUUUGAUAAUUACAUGCAACAGGAUGCUCACGAGUUCCUCAACUACCUGCUGAACACCAUCGCCGACCUGCUGCAGGAGGAGCGGAAGCAGGACAAGCAGAACGGCCGCCUGGCCAAUGGCACGCUGGACUCCCAGAACAACAACAGUAGCAGCAGCGGGAGCAGCAGCGGCAGCAGUGCCGGCGGCGGCGGCAGCAGCCAGAACAACCCGCCGCCCGCCUCCACCUGGGUCCAUGAGAUCUUCCAGGGCACACUGACCAACGAGACGCGCUGCCUCACCUGCGAGACGAUAAGCAGCAAAGAUGAGGACUUCUUGGACUUAUCAGUCGACGUCGAGCAGAACACGUCAAUCACUCACUGUCUAAGGGGUUUCAGCAACACUGAGACUCUGUGCAGUGAAUACAAAUACUACUGCGAGGAAUGUAGAAGCAAACAGGAGGCCCACAAAAGGAUGCGGGUGAAGAAGCUGCCCAUGAUCCUGGCGCUGCACCUCAAGCGCUUCAAGUACAUGGAACAGCUGCAGCGCUACACCAAGCUGUCCUACCGUGUGGUCUUCCCCCUCGAGCUCCGCCUCUUCAACACGUCCGGCGACGCCACCAACCCGGAGCGCCUCUACGACCUGGUCGCAGUGGUGGUGCAUUGUGGGAGUGGUCCAAACCGAGGACACUACAUUGCUAUCGUGAAGAGCCACGACUUCUGGCUACUGUUUGAUGAUGACAUUGUAGAGAAAAUUGAUGCCCAGGCUAUCGAGGAGUUCUACGGUCUCACUUCAGAAAUUUCCAAGAAUUCAGAAUCUGGCUACAUCCUGUUCUACCAAUCCAGAGACUGAGCAUGUAGUUUUAUUUAAGGUGGGGGUCGAGGGGUGGGGGUGCUGAAUGCCCCAAGGUAGAAGACCUGCAGUUAAAAAAAAAGAAAAGAUAAAUAGGUCCUGUCUGCGUCCACACAUUCUGCAGUGCCCCAUAUGGGAAGACGGACAUGGGCAUCAGUUCUGCCAACACACUCUCGACUGUCCACUCUUCUGGCGUGGGGGCCCAGGUUGGAGGCCCUGAUGCAUUCCCCCCCAGAAGAGGUUUGCGCGCAAACUUUCCUUUUUGACAGCGGGUGUUUCGGGAGGUGAUAUGUACAGGGUUGUUGUGUGAAUGUCGAAAACCAGGAGGGUUGUAUGUAUAUUGUACGGACGUUUCAUCUCUCGAUACGUUUUUUUUCCCCUACCCACUUUUUCGUCUGUCAAUUUGUUGGUUUGUUUGUUUUCUUGAGGAAAAAAAAAAAGAGUCCUGUACGUGUCAUGAUCUUUUAGGUUCUAUAUGAUGAUGAUGCCAGGUGUCUGCACUCUUCUCCUCAUGCUGCAAAUCAAGAUGGCGCCUGUGGCCUUUCUGAGACCUGUGGCCUGUGCAUGUGGGGGGGUGGGGGGCUUCUCCUCAGGAGAUGAGGGGUUACGUUGGGGUCUGGAUGGGCCCCAUGUCUUUUGGGGUAUGUAUUUCUACAUUGUACAGAGUGGUAUUUGUAUAAAUAUUAUUGUAAGAAUUAUGCUACGAAACUGACCUAGAAAGGGAAUGGUUUAGUGCGGGAGAGGUUAUAACACUAUGGUGCACUUUUGAUACAGUUUUGUAGGUGUUGGCAGGUAAAUGUGCGGGUUUGCUUGAGAUGGCCUGUUGUGAAAUAAUCAUUUUCUGUUUUAAAGAAAAAGAAAUAAAAAUGUAUAGAUGAA